AUGCAGUAUGAAAGUCAAAUAAGCAAAUACGAGUAUAUGACCGAUCAGGUGCAUGAUACACUGGGAAUUGAUCCCAUCGACUUUGAGCAAUUAGCUCGAAGGAUGUUCACAGCGACACCAUCUAUUCUUCCCACGCUGGAAAGUUCGAAUUCAUUCUUUGUGCCGACUUUAUCGAAUAGAAAUACGCUGUCGAAUCGAGUUGUUUCUCCCUGUAUGAAUGAUUACCAGAAGACAUUGCUUUAUCCUAAUGCCAAGCGAUUGAAAACAGAACCUUUCGAUUCGUCAAACGGUUCAGACACUAAUACAAUGAAAACGGAGACAUAUGAGACUAUUUGUGAACAAGUAAUCUCAAAUGAGAUUGUAGAUAGAAACCCACAGAAGUUCAACAAUGAAAUUGUUGAAUUUGGUCCUUGUUUAAACUCAACAGAUGUUGAACGUAAUCGCAAACAAUGGUUAUACAAUGGUCAUUUAAUUCAGACUUUUAAACUCUAUCAAGAAAUCCAAUUUGAACUAUUACUUGAAAACGAUCCAGUCAUUGAUGUUUCUAUACAUCUUGUUAUAGAGAUGAAAGCUCAUCAAGUUGACGGCGUCAGAUUUCUAUGGAAUCAAGUAUUCGAAUCAACAAAAAAAAUUGCCGCUAGCGUGGACCAUAAAACUCAACAAGAUCAAGGCGGCUCGGGUGCUAUUCUCGCUCAUUGUAUGGGAUUAGGCAAAACUUUCACAACAAUUGUAUUGCUUCAUACACUUUUCCGACAUUCGAACUUAACGCGUAUGAAACGAGUACUCAUUCUAUGUCCUGUCAAUACAGCUAUCAAUUGGAAGAAUGAGUUUCAUCAUUGGCUACAUGACCUUGAACCAAAAAUUAAUAUCUAUUUAUUUACGAACGAUGAUGUUCGAAUAGCAGGUCGUGAGCAAUUCCUUCGACAAUGGUAUGAAAAUGGUGGUGUUCUCAUAAUGGGUUAUAAUAUGUAUCGUCAAUUAACUUAUACAGUUGAAGAUAGUCCAUACGGCGUUCAGGAGCGAAUUCAAAAGAAUAAAAAACGAAUACCUUCAUCGGCUGAUUUAGAGAAUAUUAGAAAAUAUCGUUUAUACUUGCGAAGUCCUGGUCCUGAUCUAAUCAUCUGCGAUGAAGGUCAUAUGAUUAAAAAUUUGAAAAGUGCAAUUGCUUGUACAUUGAACCAAAUUCGCACGCGUCGCCGUAUCAUCUUAACUGGUACACCAAUGCAAAAUAAUCUUCAGGAAUACUAUGCUAUGGUUCACUUUUGUAAACCAAACUUUCUCGGAACUGAAUCGCGUUUUACCGAUUUGUAUCGUAAACCAAUUGAAAAGGGUCAGCAUCGAGAUAGUUGCAGAGAAGAGGUUAAUUACAUGCGACGUCGUGUUUACGCACUCCGUCGACGUUUACAACCGCUAAUUCAUCGUCGCGAUCUUGAUGUUCUACGCGCAUUUUUACCACCAAAAUUCGAAUACACAAUCAAAAUCCGCUGUCGACCAUUGCAACGAAAACUCUACGAAUCGUACAUUCACGGUCAAAUAAACGCCAUCAGCGUACAUCUAAAUGUGGCACAAUUGUUUGCCGAUUAUCAAUAUUUGAUGAAAAUUUGGACGCAUCCGUGGUUACUUCAACCCUAUUUUGUCGAAUGGUACAAGAAGAAGCGAAGAGAUAUUGAUCCAACAGAAAUCGAUACGAUGAUUAAAAAUGAAUUUGAUGAUGAUGCAGAAAAAAUCAAUAAAGACAUUAUACCAAGAGAGAUGAGAUCGGAUGUGGAUUCUGAAGAAGAAAUGAUGAAUGCUCUCAAACAACAAUGGUGGUUUCAACUUUUCGAUCCGAUAGAUGCACAACUCAACUUUGAGCUAUCCGGAAAGUUUAUGGUAUUAAAGACGAUUCUGGAUGAAUGUGAAUCCAUUGGAGAUAAACUUCUCAUUUUCGUUCGAAGUUUAGCAACGCUUGAUUAUAUUGAACAAUGUCUUGCUUAUUGGAGUACUCAAAAUCCCAAAUCGCAAUGGCGAAAACGACUUGAUUAUUUUCGAAUGGAUGGCAAUACCUCGAUAAAACAACGAGCAGCUGAUAUGAAAUCUUUCAACGAUUCGAACAAUUCUCGUAGCCGACUUUACCUAAUCUCGACACUCGCUGGUGGCGUAGGAGUAAAUCUUUACUCUGCGAAUCGAGUUGUUAUUUUGGACACAAGUUGGAAUCCAGCUCAUGACCUCCAAGCGAUGUUCCGUUCGUAUAGACUUGGUCAAACGAAACCUGUAUUUAUUUAUCGAUUGAUUGUCAAAGGAACAAUGGAAGAAAAGAUAUACAAACGCCAGAUAACUAAACAAGCCAUGUUUCAUCGUGUGGUGGAUGCGAAACAACUUGCACGUCAUUUCACUCACGAUGAACUGAGGAAACUUUAUCAAUUUGAUUUUGAUACUGACGAUGAGCCAACGGAUCAAAUGAAUACGAACAGAAUACAUGAUGAACUCUUGCGGCAGCUAUUACAACAACAUGCUGAUACGAUUACUUCCUAUUGUGAACACGACUCAUUUCUUAUUCACAAUGAUAACGAAAAUCUAACCAAGGAAGAAGAAAAUCAAGCUAAAGAUGAAGAAGAAAAUCCAUAUACACGCUAUUUUCGACCAAGAACACACGCACCAGAAUUAUCUGUCAAUGAAAUAUUCUCGAACACUGGAAUAAGUGUAGUGCCAGAAAAUGAUCAGUCUUCGAGCUCGUCAGUUGAGUCAUCAAGCAAUGAAUCAUCACAGCACUUUCAAGACGAUGUGGCUUCGUAUAUACAAAGCGGAAUACCCUUCACUCCGUUCAUAACACUUUAA